CUGAUUUCAGGGUGUUUGACAGCUGUUAUUUAAAGCCGUGAAAUAGGAGAACCUGAAGGGAACACCUAAGAUUGCAGUGUAAAUACAAUAAAUUAAAUCAGUUUUAAGGGGAUCACUGUCAACCGCAACUUUUUGGAACCUUGAAAACAUCUAAAUAUCGUUAUCUCGAGUCAGUUGCUUCACUUUCCUCGCAAAAUACGCUAUAUAAUCUCGCAGGAAUAAUAAAUUGUACAAAUCCUUUAUUGUAACUUAGUAUGGCAGAUACUAACAAACCCAUAUCAGAGAGCGUGAAGAUUUCUAUGGAAGAAGAUUAUCAACUGUCCCCCGAUAUCUUUUCAGACGAUAAUGUUGAAGCGUCAAACUCCAGCAAAGCUGAUGUCAAAGUUUCAGAUCGAUCAACAAAUGAGCCAGAAUGGAAAGGAAUUAGCAUGGAUGAGAUUCAAAAAGGAUUAGCAAAAUAUGGUCACGAGCAAAUGGCUCCGAUAGUUCCUGCUCCACGACACACAGUCCUUUUUGUACUACCGCUCACCGGAGAAGGACCACCUAAGCCUUAUCGUAGUCAACAAAAGGAUAAAUGGUGCCCAGGAUACGUUAGGAUGCCACACUCAACACACAGCUUAUAUCCAAAUAAACACACAACUGGAAGCUCCGGUUUCAGGCAGAGAUGGGAAGUAAUUCAAGAGGCACUGCUUCGCAGCUUUGCAUCCACUCAUCAACUGGAAGUUGCCAUAUUAUCUUAUAAUGAAAAAUAUGCUCUACGAUGGGAUUUUUCUGCUCUUCAUUAUUUCUUUUCCGAAGUCAUAGAUGAAGAUGAAACGGGGCUUUUCUACGAUGACAUACUACCAAAAAUAGUGCAGUUGGCACUCCAACUUCCAGCCCUAGUAACGAGCCCGAUACCGCUUCUUAAGCGUCACACAAAUGUCACUCUCAGCCUCAGUCAGUUACAAGUUGGCUCUUUGUUGGCUAAUGCGUUGCUCUGCACUUUUCCGCGACGAAAUUCAACAAAUCCCCAAUCUGAAUAUGCUAUGUAUCCGGAAAUUAAUUUCAACAGGCUGUUUGGUGCUUAUGAAAAAGAAAGACCUGACAGGUCGGAGGCUGUAAUGGAGAAAAUGAAAUGUAUUUUUCAUUAUUUUCGAAGAAUCAUAGCUAAAGCCCCGGAUGGUGUGAUAACUAUUCAACGACGAUAUGUCCCGAAGGAAAAUUGUCCCCGAUGGAAUAGGCAAGAUAUUAAACUUCCACACCUUCAUAUAACAAGCAAUGGCACAAUCGAAACUGAAGGAGCUGGUCUUUUGCAAGUAGACUUUGCUAACAAGUAUAUUGGUGGUGGUGUUUUGGGGUGGGGCUGCGUCCAAGAGGAAAUUAGAUUUGUCAUCUGUCCUGAACUAAUGGCAAGCAUGCUGGUUGCUGAAGCAUUAGAUGACACUGAGGCUCUCAUAAUUACCGGUGUUGAGCGUUACAGCAACUAUGAAGGCUAUAGCGAUACUUUUAAAUGGACUGGAAAUUUUAAUGAUGAAACUCCACGAGAUAGCAGUGGAAGACGACGUACUUCUGUCGUGGCUAUUGAUGCUUUGUUAUUCAAACAGUCCCAUACACAAUUUACAGUUACAAACAUAAUUCGCGAGUUAAAUAAGGCUUAUGCUGGAUUCAGUUCCUCUGAAAUACCCAGAGACAAAUUGUCCGCCAUAGCUACUGGCAACUGGGGCUGUGGUGCUUUCAGAGGUGACCCGCAGCUGAAAGUGUUACUGCAGUUGAUGGCAGCUGCCGUUGCAGGUCGAGCAAUGGUAUAUUUUACAUUUGGUGAUGUGGAGCUCAGAAAUAAAGUAGCUGCCAUGUAUUGGCAUCUGAUUGAACGGAAUAUUAGCAUUGGGCAACUGUUUGGUCUCCUCUGUGACUACCACACUUCUGCGUCGAAAUCUAAUGAUUCGAGUCUGGAUUUUUACCAUUUUUUAUAUAAACGGAGCAAAAUAAAACCUCUGACAAAUUACUUCGACAAAAUAAACAGCAAUACGACAACAAAAGAACAAAAUACAAUUUCUUACAAAUCUAAGUCUGUCAAAAAUGAUCUAAACAAAUUUACAAAUUAUACGUCGAGCGCAAACGUCAAAGAAGCCCUCGAACGCGAGCAAAUAGAAAAAUGGCUUGAUGAGGAUUUUUUUGAUGAGGACUUCUCCAAUGAUUUGAUAUUAGAUACAAAUUCGGGUAAUUCGCAUGUUAACUCUGUAAUUCGAAGUAAAAAAAGUGCAUUGAGUGUCUCAAAAUCUGAAAUGAAAAAUAAUGAAGCCAGUACAGAAGUCGUUAAAAAUCUGGCUGAUAAUGACAGAAAAAAUGAAAAUAAAGACAACGGUAGUGAAUCAAUGCCGGAAUUAUCCACCCCACCAAUCAAGCUGAAGAACUCGAGAGAUUUAACAAGCUUGCUGUAUCCCGAUGAUGAAAUUACACAGGAUACACGUAAAGUUAAAAAGCCGCGUUUAUCUGGUCUUGACUUGAUUGGUAGACGUAGCCACAAGCCAGUGGAAAAACAGACACUAGAAGAAUUGCCAAUAUCGUCAAAUAAAGUAAAAAAUGAUUCGAAGGAAAUUAAGAAAACACAGAAAAAAAUUUCUGACUUUUUUUCAUAAUGUAAAGACUACUGUUGGGAGCACUGAGGAAAAACCCGUUUGUUAAAUGCAGCACACCUUGUACAUAUUUACAAAAUAUUUAAUAAUAAAAAAAAAUCAAUU